UGAGUGUGUGUGUGUUUUGGUCGGGGCCGAGGCGGUGGCGGAAGUCGGCGGCGGGCUGGGAGGGAGAGGCACGGCCGCGCCCCCGCCCCGCCGCGCCGAGGAGCCGCCUUCCCUCCUCCACCCACCCUGCGCCGGCUCGCCCGCCGGCCCUGCCGCACGGAGAGACAGACGGACGCGCGCCACUGCCCAGCUUCUCCUGUUCCCCCUUCCCCGCGCGCGGCCGCCGCGGCCUGACCAGAUUGUUACUGGCAGAAGCACCACUGAGGUCUGAACCCUGGAACUUGCUUUCAAGAGCUUGAAACAAAGGACUUAUUUCUAAUUUGGCAUGGCUAAUCGAGGAGCAACGAGACCCAAUGGGCCAAAUGCUGGAAACAAAAUCUGCCAGUUCAAACUAGUACUUCUAGGAGAGUCUGCAGUUGGCAAAUCAAGUUUGGUGCUUCGUUUUGUAAAAGGACAGUUUCACGAGUUUCAAGAAAGUACGAUUGGAGCUGCUUUUCUAACCCAGACUGUAUGUCUCGACGAUACAACAGUAAAAUUUGAAAUUUGGGAUACAGCUGGGCAAGAGCGGUACCACAGUUUAGCACCCAUGUACUACAGAGGAGCACAAGCAGCUAUAGUGGUAUAUGACAUUACAAAUGAGGAGUCCUUUGCCAGAGCGAAAAAUUGGGUCAAAGAACUUCAGAGACAAGCAAGUCCUAACAUUGUAAUAGCUUUAGCAGGAAACAAAGCUGAUCUAGCUAAUAAAAGAGCUGUGGAUUUCCAGGAAGCACAGGCUUAUGCAGAUGACAACAGCUUAUUGUUCAUGGAGACAUCUGCUAAAACAUCUAUGAAUGUAAAUGAAAUAUUCAUGGCAAUUGCAAAAAAAUUGCCAAAGAAUGAACCACAGAAUGCAGGAGCCAACUCUGCCAGAGGAAGAGGAGUAGACCUUACUGAACCCACGCAACCAGCCAAGAGUCAAUGUUGUAGUAACUAAACAUCAAUUGCUUUAAACUGUUCUAAAUAUUCUUCUGCUUCCUAACUGUUAAUAACCAUGGAAUUGGAGUGCUUAACCUGGCCCAGUACAGCUUCCAAACGGUGAAGAGACUUAUGACAAUAGUCAAGUUCAUGAUACAGAGGUGUUUUGUUUUACAUAAAAAUUUAACAUGCAUGUAUCCACCACUGGCUGUAAUGUUUCAGCAGUAGAGGAGAGAUGGAAGCGGAAUAAACUUCCUUCAGUUGAAAGGUUUUAAAAGUCAUUUACCAUUAGGGGUGUGGAAAAACUACUUUCCGUGGACCUAAUUGGUCAGUUCCUGUAGCCUUGAUACUGAUUACUGUUAUAAUAAACGUAAUUGGGUCUUGUCAUAAUUAUCAAUUAUGCUUUAAAACCUUUUUAGAAAUGAGGUCUAAAAAUUACAUAAACUUAUUAACAGUAUUGAUGCAACUGGUUGUUUCUGCAGGUGUCUACUGUUUAGUUUUACAUUCCAUAGUUUAAUAAUUUAAUUACAAAUAAUACUUGCAUUAACAAUUUUAAGAACCCUAAGCUUGCAGGAAAGUGGAGUUUUAGUUGGUACACUGUAUGUAAAUUAUAUCGACCCAGUUAGUUAUCUAAAUUAAUUAGUGAUAAAUCAAGUUUAACUUCAUUUCUAAUCUGUUCAGAGGGUACAGAGCAGUAAAUUCAACUUUACAGCUUAGGAUUUUUUCUUUCCUCUACAAACUGUAAGAGCUUUUCAAGUAAAACCACAACAAACUCAAUGUCUGUGACUUUCUUGAUUUUAAUCAUUGCUGACCAUCACAGUUUGUUUUUUCCCCUAAAAAAGAAAAUAGUGCACUAACAAUUAUGUACAUUGAACUUGAUUUUAAAUUUGGAUAUUAAUGUACUGUAAAUAGGUACUCUGCAUUGUAGUCUACAUUUGUUUAAUACUUUCUGUAAUAUUUAAGAGUUGCUUAAAGGUAUACAGAAUGUACAGUUACUUAAAGCUAACUUUUUUUCUGCUCUAAUCAAAGGGGGUUCUGAGUUCUUCCUUCCUGUAUCUGUAACAUAAGUACUGCUGCCUGUCAGUAAUGAACUUUGCAGCUUUGUUUUCCAAAGUACAUUUUAUUUUGAUCUGUUCAGUAUAUUGCACUAAUUCUUUUAGUUAUUUUCAUUAUAUGAAAUCUACCAAGUGUGUCAGAAGAGAUGAAUUAGUCUAUUUAAAUGUUGAACUGAUAGCAAAAGCUUAACUUGUGCAGAUUUGAAAUUUGCAGUAAUCUGGGUUUAGCGAGGAAAAUGACAGUUCACCAGUGUUUAGUUUUAUAUUGAGGUGCUCAGGUUUCAAUAAAGUGGUUUAAAACAAAAACAAAUGAAGAAAAAAUUUCUAUUACUGUUUCUUAUGAAGAAUUUCAGAAGGUUUUAUUGCACUUGCGCAGCUCCAGACAAGGUAUCUGAUUUGCUACAUGGUUCAGCACUUAAGGUGAUUACAAGUAAAUUCAUGACACGGCUAAAUAUAAGCUUGUCCAGUAUGUUCUGUGUCACUCCAGUUAUCCUGUGAUAAUUUUUUAAGUGUUGAGGUAAUUUGGUAUCUUAUCACAUCCAUUUAGAAGGACAAUCAAAAUAGUAAUAUUGUCUCUUGAACCUGCAGCUAAUGCGGUCUUCACCAGUUGUUCACCAAUGUACCUUGCUGUGUUGCCGUAGAGUGUCUCAGAGGUGACUCUGCCUCUUCCUGCUGUUUGCGGUUUGCAGCUGGAUGGGUACAUUUUUGCAUCCCCUUCAAAUGGCGGCGGUGAUUCAGAACCCACGGGUGAUACAGUUUGUAGCAAUUCCUGAGCAGCAUAACUUGUAGGUUUGUCACAAAAUAUCUUUGAGUCCAUUUCUUCUGCCAGUUGUAGACCUGGGUCAUAAUUAGAUAGGCAUGCUUUUGGGGGGUGGUUUGUGUCUUUGGAGCCUGUUGCCAGUACAUUCUCUAGCAGCUGUUCAUAGGUGUGACUUGGCCCUAUCACACAGAAAGUAUCAGUCUCUGUUUGCUCUUGCUCUAAAGUCAGUGACUGAAAAUUGUUACAUAGGUAAGCUUUUUCAUCUUCGAGCUGUUUCAGUUCUUCAGAGCCAUAUUGUGUGCUAGAAUCGGACUGCUUUAUCUCUCUUCUCUGUGAAUUUACUUUAUUGUGACUGAAAAGAGACUGUUCUGCAUCAGCUUGAUUUUUGUGGUCAUCAGUUUCCUUAGGAACUCCAUCUUUCCUUUGCAAGUAGUUCCUUGUCCUAGAAUAUGUUGGCUUAGUUUGUUUCAGGUUGCCUUUUGAGUCAGUGAGAAAUGUGUCUUUAUUGGAACACAGUACCUCUGUUCCAUCUUGCUGAUCACUAGUGGCCUUUGACUCAUUUAAGUUGGCUUCGAUGAGGGGCAUCAAAUACUGACACUUGCGUGGAGAAGUUCCAUCUUGUUGAAUAUGCUCAUACAUUCUCAAAUAAUGGGUGAAUGUUGUCAUAGUUAGUGCAAGUACUUCAUUGUAAUCCAAAACCUCCCAAAGCCCAUUAGAAGCUAAAAUAAGAAACUGACAAGUGUCAUCAAUAAGGACAGAUAUGGUAUACGGUACAGGUAUAACAGAUCUCUUCAGUACUGGAUCUCCGUGAUAUCCAAGGCCCCUCGUAGUUCUCAGGUACCCCUCUACUAAUCCAUCUGGUUCAUUAGUGCUGAUGUUCCCGCCAUUCUGAAGGAUGCGUUUUCUCUCGCGUACAUUAGAAGUGCUGUGCUCUUUCGAGAGGCAGUGACUCUUUCCAUUUUUGCAUAAGACUGCAUGUACAUUGCCUAAUAUUGAAAUAAGAUGAUGUGUUGAAUUACAGUAUACUCUUUUUUUUUUUUUUUUUUUAUACUGCUGCUAUGAUAACAGCCUUUUGCUAAGAUGGGGAAAAAAACAGAGGUCAUAGUUCAAUUAUCUACCACCACAGACAACAGUAUGUCUAUCAAUGAGUCUGGUUCUAUUUUACAGCAAAGUUUUCUGUGUGUUGUUUUUUUCCUCCUCACAUUAUUCAGAAAUCUGUUCCAGAACCUUAUUUCAGCUAAGCUUUUAUGAGGAGUCUUGAGUGACAUUUCAUUCAAAGUGCAUCCUGUUAAAAAUGUUGCACCUUGGAGGGUUUUUUUUAAGCAAGGGUGCACAUUUCUCUCUUUUUUUCUUCUGUUUUUUUCUUCUUCUGGGAGAGAUUGUGCUUUCAAAAUACUACAGCUGGCUGAACUCACCAAGAAGUUUCAGGUUCAGACUGUUUUUAUUUUUAGCAGUAUAAAAUUUCUAGUACCUGAAAAUAACUGGGACAUUAUGUAAAAUUUACAGUUUACUAACAUGAUGCCUUAAAUAUCUUACUCAGCUAAGGGACCCAAGAGAGCAAGAGUUCUCACAGUCAUCUUGAGAAGCUGAGGACUAACUUCUAUCCUUUAGUAUGAAUAGGUACUUUACCUUUCCCUCAGCACUUCUGAAAUCUGCAGGGCAAGAAUGAAAAGUGUUAGAAAUUGUAACAUUGCAGGUGACUAGUCUUGUCAGAAUGGAAUGGAGAGAGUGAAGGAAAGCAGCUCUGAAACAAAGUGCUGUAUUGUUGGAGAUUCUCUAUGGCUACACUGAGACUCUAUUCUUUUGAUUAGAGGAGGUGAUUGGUCUGCUGCCAUGAUUUGGCUUAAGAGCAAAAGUGAUGUCUUACAGAAGGAACUUGAGUGGGAUGGUAGCUUUCCAAACACUGAGCUGACUGCAGUGUUUUCAUUUGUAUUGUAUUUUUAAUAACAUCUGGCUAGACUAGGGCACAGAUCUCUGAAAAGUGUUUAUAAGUAGGCACUGCUUAUACAAUAGUUGUAUUGCUUGGACAGUAAUGACAUUGUCUAGUGUAGGAGACAGCUAAGUGUAGUUUGUGUGCAGGCAGAUUUGUCUAGAAGGUUACUCAGUAUCAAACUGAAGGAUGCACCUAUUUUUAUUGAUUAUAGAAUAUAGAUGCCUUAAGUUAUGCUGUGUGAAUGUUUCCCUGUGCUUGCUCCCUCCUUCCUCUGAUUUCCACAGAGAGAUAGAAGAUUGUCUAAAAUUUCCUUUGAACCUUUGGAAUAAGACCACCAGAUGUAAGCUUAACAAAAGGCAUAAUAUCACCCAUAUGAAACAAUUUGACUGCAAGAAAGAGUAAAAUCUAGUUGCUUUUGGAUGCAAGUCUCUUGUCUGCAAAUCAGAGACAGGGCGAAAGAAUGGACAAAAACUAGCUGACCUGUUACUGUGGAACUAAAUGAAGAAGACAAAGCUGGCCAAUGCUACCAUCUCCUGCUCUGCAUAUCUGACCAUCCUCUUCAGUUGUUUAACUGGUGCUGAAGGAACACGACUGUACUUCUGUAAGAACACGUUCCGGGGGAGGAAAUGAAGCUUGAUGUUAUGCAAAUCUUUUUCUUUGAUGUGAUACAUUUGGUGGAAAAUUAAGUGUAUUAGAUUAAAUAAAUGUGUAUUUAGAAGUGGUUCAAAAAUGUGGACUUUAAUCAUAAAAGGCUUGAAGUAUCUCUGAUCAACUUCAAGCCUCAAGCUCAUUAGCAAAGCUUGAAUUUAUGAUGUCUUUAAUGAAGGCCAGCAGAAAACCUCAUCUGAGAGGGAAGGAUGGAGGCAGGUAACUAGAACCAGAAAACAGGUUGGGUGAAUUCUCUAAUUUUAACUUUCAUCUUAACUCUCAAGCUCGUUGUAAUAAAAAUAGGUUUCUUCCCUGCUAAAGGUGAAAACAAAUGCAUCUCAGCUCUGAAAACAUUACAACAUUUAUGUGAGUUACUCCCGUAUUCCUUCAAAGGCAUGACUGCAUCCACUGCAAGAAUAUCUGAGCUAGUGGCAAACUAUCUAGUUUUGAUACCAGUAAUAGUAAAGUUCUGGUAGCUGCAAAAAUGCACGUUGAAGGUGUAGAAACUAUGAAUAUAGCAACAUGUGUCAGGAGAACAGAGGAGCGGAAAAGGAAGUUGUAGCCUGGUUUCUUAUUGCAAUGUCUGCACAUUCAGGUUGGUUUAUAGUGUUCCUCAGACUGACAGAGGGUUGCUAGUUAAGCAAAAAUAUUCUUUUUUUUUCCUUAAAAAAAAAAUCCAGGAUCAAUUUUUCCAAAUGUGGAAUAUUUAUUGGUUGGAUUGUUUGGGAUUGUUUUUUCCUCCUGAGGAAAUGAAGCUUCUCAAAUGAUUUCCCCUUUUCCUACUGAUCUUUGACCCUCUUGGUUACUUUGAGUCAAAUUUCAUAGGAAAAAAAUGAGAAGUCUUUCAAAUUUUGUGAAUACACUCGUGAGGACUGAGUGCCUCUGUUGAGGGAAAAAGGCAGUGUUGGCACAUUCAUUCCUAGUGCUAGGGAGAUUGAUGGGAAAGUAGUGUAGUGCUGGGCAUGUGCUUCCAGCAGAGACUGGAAGACGCUGGAGAAUAGAGCUGUAGAUACAAGUCCAUUUGAAAUUCUUCACCCAGUGGCUUUUUUAUCUAUUUAAAUUCUGCUUGUGUACCCCUUUAUGAGAAAGCAAGUGUCUUGCUUGUAAUCUUGUAAGGACACAAGCUGCUGUACAUACACAAGAUCACUUAACAGGUAACAAAAAUCAUCAGGUGGGAAGAUGGAAUGUGUGGGGUUGCUAAGAACUGCAAGAGCUUUUUCUAAUGUUGCCUGCAGGAGAGCUGGGUGAAGAAACUUAAGGAAUAUUUCAGUGUUUCCAAUUGUAAUAACCCAUUUUCUGCAAUACAAAAGGCAAAACAGUCCCAAAUGGAACUUCUGUAAUAAUGGUAAAUAACAACCAAUUCCUCUUUCAGAAAUAAUUUGGAUGAUCCCCAUGUUUUCAGCUUGCUGGUAGCAAAAUGUAGUGUCAGUGAAACAAAUAAAAUAAUAUCUUAAGCGUGAUUUAUCUGACCUAAUAUCAGAAAGUUUAUGGUUGCUCUGAAGUGAAGACACAUUAAACUUCCUCUUGAGUUAGACAGAAAAUUUAAAAUUUUCCCUGUUACUCUUAUAGAGGUCACCUGUGUUUUGUGGAAUGUUUCUUAACUGUGUCUUGCAUUAUAAAUUGACUUUACUGCUUUAACUUAAAUAUCAUAAUGAAAGUGCUUAUUUGAUAAGCUUAAUUCUUAGUGCCUGAUGCCAACGUCAGCUGCAAGGGAAUUUAUCAUGCCUCCUUCACAUUAUCAAGUUAAAGCACUUGGAGCUUUUUAUCUCCAAAUAUCCCCUGCCAAAAAUUCUCCAGAUUAGCACGCUGCUUUUUUUCUCUUUUUGUUGGACAGAGAAGAAAAAAACCCCUGAUGUGGAAUGUACAUACCUAUAUUAGCAAUGUGCAGUAACCCAGCAACACCCUUGGCUGCCCUGGUUAAUGGACCGUGUGUGGUGUUUUCAGAAUGUUCUCUUCGUCCUUUCUCAGUGCCGUCUGUCUCUUUGCUGGGGAUUCUUUCCACCAAGCAGGUAACCACUGAACAGCCGCUCCAGCGGACUUUGGAAACCUCGUUCCUUCCCAGUUGUAAAAGUCUGUCCAUUCUCCAAAAGGAUUUGGCAUAUGCUCUGUGAAUCCAUUCGUAAGUAUUAGUCUUGUCAUUGCCUGGUUCAUCAGAGAAAAUCAUCUCUUUUUCCCUGUAAUCUGCCUUGAUAACUGUGGCAAAAGAGUCUAGAAUUUGCUGCCCCUUUUUACUCUUUUUGUAGGAAGAAUCUGUUUGAGCAAGCUGGUCAAGAAAUAAAAGUGGAAGCUCUGCUGCAACUGUUUCUGCAGCUGUCGCACCGUGAGAGCCAUCAACUAACCCCAGAAAACAUGUGUCUGACCUAUUUCCAUAGUUGUCGAGCACAAUAAAUCUGUCUUCCAUGUCUCCCUGCCAUGCAGAAUUUUUAUCUUGGCAAAUUGAUAAUGCUUUUAUUAAGGAGUUAUUUACUUUCAAGAACGUACUAGGAUUGUUAAUAUUAGCAAGUUCACAAUAUGAUGUAGGAAUGUGAUUAUCCAUAAGGAAUUGAAAUGAAUAAUCAAUCUUCUGCCUGUGCGUUUCAGAGUAUUUGGGACUCUUGGUCAAUUUUGAAAUUAGUUUCUGUCUCUGAGCUAAAAGUGUUUCUUUGUCAGUCUUUCUUUGUGGGCUGUCAAAGCCCAGCAAAGCUAGGGCUUUAUGAGUUUUUUUAUGAUGGAGAAGGUGGUGUGGCUGUAUUGUUUUUUGACAUGCAGAGCAGAAAAUUGAAAUGCACUUGGAAUCAUUCUCAGGUGCAAUUGUGAUUUUCUCCAGAUGAUCCUCCUCAUUUCUGGAAUGGUCAAAAUCAAGUGGAUUUGUUUUGUCUUGUGGUUUUUCCUCCCAUGUCAUUCUGUAAUGGAAUUUGUUAAUAAUUUUUAUGUUUUCAUAUUUUAAUAUCGGGUAACAAGGCAUUUACCUAACCCUUGUUCUCUCUUCCUUACGCAAUGCUGCAAUUCACAGUUUGUAAUGCAUACGUCAUCAAGAAACUGGAAACCCAUGUGGGAUUAUGUAAAAAUUGUGACUAAUAGUAAUAUAGAAAAUUCAAGUGAUUAAAACCUUGGAAAUACUGAA